AUGGCCCCCUCGAGCGCGAACAUCCUAACCGUCCUCAAGAAUGCCCGUGAGGAGAACGUGAAGGAGCUCAACGCAAUUAUCUCUGUCACCGAGGAGCUCCUGCAAGCCGUCGAGGAUGUUGACAAGAACCUUGAAGAGGGCCUAAACAAGGAGGUCGGAAAGCCUAUCAUCACGAAGCUUUACCACUCCCACAUCCAGAAAACUCUGGCCCAAGGGGCGCCUGCCUCCUUCCAUCCUUCUCCAGCAAAGCCAUCUGGAAUCCCACAGAAUCCUAUCGAAAUUAACCAAACCUCAUCGUUAAUGACCGAGACACCCGAUCAAACCUCUUUGACCAACCAGAGGGCAACACGCUCCUAUGCUCAGGCAAAGUUUAAUUUCCCAUGCUGCAACAUUGUUAAAGUCUACCCGGUGGACUCGGGCUUUGCUAUUGAAGUUCCUCGCCCCAAACUCCAGAGACAACUGGCCGAUAAGCCCAAAGAACUCAACUAUCGAAUCAACCUCAAGAUGGGCUUAGAUAGCGGCCAGAGGUCUCUUCAUUCUCAACCCCGCUGGGCCAACGCACCGCGGCGGAGUCAGCGAUCUCGCGUUCGGCCCGGCCAGAGCCUUCGCAGAGUUCGCUCACUGGGCCUCAGACCACCAAGCGCUGAGCCGGUCCCCGAGCCGCCUACCUCCGCCCAAGAGCUUGUCAAGUCCCGCUUCGAGGAGGCCGCUCAGCUGCUACGCUUCAUCCUCCCACCGGCACCAGCCUACAUUGCCAACAAGGAGGAGCUCGAACAUUUCUCCUGGGCGCUCUUUGACGUGCUCUCUGGGGUUGCAGGCCGUUUCUCCAUCCGCUCUGACAAGUAUACCAAGAGCGCCCCCUGGUGGUCAGGAGUACUGGUUACGGCCAGAGAGAUGGACCCAUCGUCUACCGCAAGCUUUGUAAGGAGGCCAAGGCCUUCCUCCCGACUGGCGCGCAAGAGGGCCCGCGCCCCACUUGGUUUGGGCCCCUCCUCCCCCCCUGGGUGGGCAGCCACGCAUGCUGUACUCCCUAGUGACGAACUCAAGGAUGCGUUCCUGGGUGCCACUUCUAACACCCCAGGCCCGGACGGGGUCCCGCUGGCGUUCCUGAGGAAGGGACUCCGGUCAUACAAGGGCUGGCAGCCGAUUAUGCUCCUGCCAACAUUUUGCAAGGGCGUAGAGAGGUUCCUGGUUCGGCGCAUGACGGCAGCAGCUCUGUGCUCGGGGCUGCUCCCCUCGAGCGUCUCUGGGGCUGUCCCGUCCAGAUUCGCUCUAGAUCUCGUCCAAGCGCUGGUACAUGACGCGGGGCCCAUGUCGAGACAAGGCUACCAUUGGCUCCUAGCCACGUUGGAUAUAGACUCGGCUUACCCUUCCGUCCAACUACCGAUUCUCAUUUAG